UAUUUCUCGUGUACCACGUGAACUGUUUAUCCGUGUGACUCGUGUCCCGUAUAGAAUUCUUUGUGCAAAAUGGCUUAUUCACUUUUUACCAUUCGAAACGGAGAUAAGAUUUUAAUAAUUAGUCAUUGGGCGACAACAGGGUUCUUAAAUGAUCAACAAAAAUAUCUGACGUGCGAUCAGCGCUUAUAACGCACUUGGAUCGCACGCAGUCAAUUUUGUAUAGGUUAUCUUACGUCUGUCAAUGUGUAGCAUAUUUUGAACGAUAGAAAAAUGAAUCCACAAUAUAUACAUCAACAACAACAACAGGCACAACAACAACCUGGCUAUUAUUCUGGUCCACCAACUUCAUCACCAUACGGGGAAUUAAAUUCAAAUGUUUCUUCAAACCCUUUAAAUGGACCUCCAAUGAACUCUCCAUAUACAUCUCAAAAACCAAUGCAAGGAACUUCUGCUAAUUUAAAUCAGGCUUCAGCUCCAUAUUACAUGAGCCACAUAUUGCCACAUGGAAAUACUCAGUUUGAAUCAUCAACAAAUAAUCCCCAUAUGAUGCCAUCGCCAAUCAGUCAAAACAAUAUAGUUAAUCAAAUGUCUAACAUGUCUAUGAGUGAUCAGCACAGACCACCAUCCACGAAUUUUCCUCCACCACCUUUACCUGAAAAGAGCAGUCCAACAAUAACUGCUUCUUCAAAUGUUAAUGGGUUCAACAAUGUUCUGGAUGCAUCAUCGCCUGGAGGUGGGCCUAUUGGACAAACUGAUCCUGGUGGAAAAUCUGUGCCACCACCUAUUUCUGGACAAGACUUACAACAAAAGGCAACUUCAAAAAAUCUUUCCACACUUCAAUCCGGUCUUCCAUUUUCUGGACAUUCUACGGGAUCUAACCUGGGGCAAUAUUAUUGUGGCCAGAAUGUGUCAUCUGAACAAGGAUUUAAUACAGGGUUAUCCAAUCAGAGUGGUCAAGGAAAUGUCACUGAUGCACCUCAUGGGCAACCAAAUUUUCCAAGACCACCAACAACAGGGCAAAAAUCUACAGUUUCCGCAUUACCAGGCCAACAAAAUUUGCCCAAUCUACCAUUGCAGGGACAGCCAAAUUUGUCCAAUUCGCCUUUACCUGGACAGCAGACUCUUUCUAACCCAUUAAUGCCGGGUCAGCCACACUUAUCUGGACCUCCGUUACCAAAUCAACAGAGUCAGAAUAAUACAGUUGCACAGGGUGUACACGAACCACAAAAUUUACCUGGACCACCUCCAUUAUCCAAGCAAAGUUUAUCAGGACAGUCAAAUUUGCCUGGUCCCCAGAUUCCAGGACCUCCUUUACCAGGGCAACAAUAUCCCCCGAUGUUAGGUCAGCAGUCUAACCUACACAGUCAGUCGAAUCUACCUGGUCCUCCUUUGAUGGGUCAGCAGAAUAUGCCCCCACUUCCAAUGUCAGGACAACCAAACAUUGGUCCACCUCCAUUACCAGGCCAACAAAGUUUCAACAGAUCGUCGUUAAUGGGACAACAAACUUUAUCUGGACCUCAAGGUCAACCUCCAUUGCCUGGCCAACCUGUGGGACAGAUAACAAAUGCUACCUCAACUUUACCACAAUCAGGUCAUAGGCAAUAUUCAUCUGGUGCUCCCGUGCAGGGACAAACCAUGGGAAAUCCUUUAGCACCUGGUUCAAUGGCAGGUUAUCAACCUUCCAACUACCCAGGCUAUAAUACCGAGAUGUAUAAUUCUUUAAGAGGAUAUCAAAAUACACCAGCUCAAGGGGUGGGAUAUCAACCGGGUAUUCAACCUCAACAAACCAGACGUUUGGAUCCCGAUCAGAUGCCAAGCCUAAUUCAAUUAAUAGAAGAUGAUCAACGCAUGAGAGGUGGUGUGUUCGUAACAAAUCAAAAGGGACAAGUUCCUCCAUUAGUGACUACCAAGUUCGUGACGCAAGAUCAGGGAAACGCAUCUCCUAGAUAUAUUAGGUCCACCAUGUACACUGUUCCUACCACUGCAGAUAUCAUAAAACAAACGAGUGUUCCAUUUGGUCUAAUAAUAAGCCCGAUGGCUCGUAUAGCGGAGGGAGAAUAUGAACCACCUAUUGUAGAUAUGGGAGAAAUUGGUCCAGUUCGUUGCGUACGGUGUAAAGCGUACAUGAGUCCAUUUAUGCAGUUCAUCGACGCGGGCAGAAGAUUCCAGUGCAUGUUCUGUAAAGCGACCACGGAAGUCCCGGCAGAAUAUUUUCAACAUUUGGAUCAUACUGGUCAACGCAUGGAUCGUUACGACAGACCGGAAUUAACGUUAGGAACGUACGAGUUCAUUGCUACAAAAGAUUAUUGUAGAAACAAUAAUUUCCCAAAACCACCAGCCAUUGUAUUCGUGAUUGAUGUAUCAUAUAACACAGUUAAGUCUGGCUUAGUCAAUUUACUCUGUAUGAAAAUGAAAUCGAUUCUGCGGCAUUUACCUACAGACAUUGGCCAAUCGAAAUCAAACAUGAAAGUAGGAUUUAUAACGUACAAUAAUACCGUACACUUUUACAACGUGAACUCUUGCCUUGCUCAACCGCAAAUGAUGGUUGUCGGGGACAUACAAGACGUGUUUAUGCCGCUUCUCGACGGUUUCCUGUGCGACGUCGAGGAAAGCGAAGCGGUGAUCGACGGUUUAAUGGCGCAGAUACCGGCCAUGUUCGCGGACACACGUGAAACAGAGACAAUUCUUGCGCCUGCAAUACAAGCUGGACUGGAAGCAUUAAAGGCCUCGGAUUGCGUUGGUAAAUUAAUGGUUUUUCACUCGUCCCUACCAAUCGCUGAAGCUCCUGGCAAAUUGAAAAAUCGUGAUGACCGUAAGGUGCUUGGAACAGAGAAAGAAAAAUCAGUGUUAGCUCCUCAGAAUAAUGUUUACAAUAAUCUAGGGCAAGAAUGUGAAGGUUCCGGAUGUUCCGUAGAUUUGUUUGUUUUUAAUAAUUCAUACGUGGACAUCGCAACGAUAAGUCAAGUUGCCAGAUUAACUGGCGGUGAAGUUUACAAGUACACUUAUUUCCAGGCUGAUAUAGAUGGAGAUCGUUUGAUCACAGAUGUUAUUAAUAAUAUUAGUAGACCAAUCGCGUUUGACGCCAUCAUGCGCGUACGCACGUCUACUGGUGUCCGAGCAACCGAUUUCUUUGGACAUUUCUUCAUGUCGAAUACCACAGAUAUGGAAUUAGCUAGUAUAGAUUGCAAUAAGGCCAUUGCUGUAGAAAUAAAGCACGAUGACAAAUUGACGGACGACGAAGGUGUAUAUAUUCAAACGGCUUUGUUGUAUACUUCUUGCAGCGGUGUCAGAAGAUUGCGUAUCAUUAAUCUCAGUUUAAAGACUUCGUCGAAAGUAGCUGAAUUGUACCGAGUCUGCGACCUGGACGCCAUUAUAAAUUUCUUCUCCAAGCAAAGCGUUUUCAAGCUAAUCGAUUCGACUCCGAAGACUAUAAAAGACAAUUUAAUCUCAAGAUGCGCGAACAUACUUGCCGCAUAUAGAAAACACUGUGCUUCCCCGUCAAGUGCUGGACAAUUGAUAUUACCGGAGUGCAUGAAAUUGCUCCCACUUUAUAUAAAUUCAUUGUUGAAAAGUGACGCAUUGUCUGGAGGUGCUGAUAUGACUAUCGACGAUAGAUCUUUCGUUAUGCAAACCGUUGCUACAAUGCCUAUUUCGAUAUCGGUUGUGUACAUUUAUCCAAGAUUACUUCCUUUGCACGAUGUUGAUCCUCAAGACACAGAGUUACCCCAGUUGCUUCGUUGUUCUAUCGACAAGUUUACCGAUGAUGGCGCAUUUUUACUUGAAAACAGUAUCCACAUGUUCCUAUGGCUAGGCCUAGGACUUUCCACGCAAUGGGUACAGGCAGUGUUCGGAGUCCCAUCGGUAGUUCAAGUUGACACGGAUCGUACUGCACUGCCAAUACUAGACACACCGUUGAACAAACGAAUAACAGAUAUUAUUGAUCGCGUGCGCAUGGAGAGGCAUCGUUGCAUGAGAUUAACUAUAGUGAGACAACGAGAGAAACUUGAAAUGGUGAUGCGUCAUUUCUUGAUCGAGGAUAGAGGGAACGACGGAAGUCCCAGUUACGUGGAUUUCCUUUGCCAUAUGCACAAAGAAAUAAGAACACUUCUUAACCAAUAAUAAAAGGAAUCUUAAAAGCAAUCAGUUUAUAUUGCGUUUGGACAAACCUAGUUCGCAACAUGUCCAUGGCUGGUCGUUACGUCAACGAUGAGAUUAGAUUAUUAAAAACAGAGUUUAUUGAGAACUCGAUGGGAAGCAUGGAACGUGAAUGACACACACGGAGGGGCGGUACGCACUUUGGAAGGAAAGCUGAAGAAUGUGAAAUAAAAACUAACGUACAUUUAUAGCGUGUAAUACCUAUCAGGAGGGUGAUGAACUUUAAAAAAUAACCAAUCAUUCCGCGGUUAAUGAAUCGGCGCAUGUAAAGGGAAACAUUCAGUUGCACUCACACAUACAUCACUCAUACACGGUGAUUUAUACACAAGUAAUUGUAAACGUAAAAAUUGUAUUAUUACUUUUUAUUUUAAACUAGCUCAUUAAUGUUAUUAUAUUAAAUUAAAUAAUAAAAAGGAAAACUGUAUUAAAUCACUAUAAAUUUAUAUAUCAAACGAAAAGGAAAAAAAAAGAAGACGUAUCUUGUGUUGAUUAAAUAGUAUUUCCGUUAAUCGACGCACCGCGUUAAUCUUUCGUUUUAACGUUAACAAGAUUACUUUGAAUUAUACUUGUUUAAAUUCCACUAACAACUGUAUACUGCUUUUACGAUUGAAGGGUUAAUAUGUUUCUUACAUUCAUAAUGCACUCGAUUUAUUUGCGAUUUUUCAACUUGUUUUUCAU